CAGGGGGCCUGGCGGCGGGCGGAGACCGGAAGAGGCGGGCUCGGCACCUCGAGGCCGGAAGUGGCCUUGGAGGCGGAAGUGGCGCGGCCGCGGAGGGGCCUGGAGUGUGGCGGGACCGGGAGCGGCGGGAGCUGCGACUGGGGGUGGCGGCGGUGCGCUGGAGGCGGCCAUGGCCAAGCAGUACGACUCUGUGGAAUGUCCGUUUUGCGAUGAGGUCACCAAAUACGAGAAACUUGCCAAGAUCGGCCAAGGCACAUUCGGGGAAGUGUUUAAAGCCAAGCACCGUCAGACGGGCCAGAAGGUGGCUCUGAAGAAAGUGUUGAUGGAGAAUGAGAAGGAGGGGUUCCCCAUCACAGCCUUGCGGGAAAUCAAGAUUCUGCAGCUCUUAAAACAUGAGAAUGUGGUCAACCUAAUUGAGAUCUGUCGAACCAAAGCCUCCCCCUAUAACCGGUGCAAGGGCAGUAUCUAUCUGGUGUUUGACUUCUGUGAGCAUGACCUUGCUGGGCUGCUGAGCAACGUCUUAGUCAAGUUUACGCUGUCUGAGAUCAAGAGGGUGAUGCAGAUGCUGCUGAACGGCCUCUACUACAUCCACAGGAACAAGAUCCUGCACAGAGAUAUGAAGGCUGCCAACGUGCUCAUCACCCGGGACGGGGUCCUGAAAUUGGCAGAUUUUGGGCUGGCCCGUGCAUUCAGCCUAGCCAAGAACAGCCAGCCCAACCGCUAUACCAACCGAGUGGUGACAUUGUGGUACCGGCCCCCGGAGCUGUUGCUCGGAGAGCGGGACUACGGUCCGCCCAUUGACCUGUGGGGUGCAGGGUGCAUCAUGGCAGAGAUGUGGACUCGCAGCCCUAUCAUGCAGGGCAACACGGAGCAGCACCAGCUUGCCCUCAUCAGCCAGCUCUGUGGCUCCAUCACCCCGGAGGUGUGGCCGAACGUGGACAAGUAUGAACUCUUUGAGAAGUUGGAACUGGUCAAGGGCCAGAAGCGGAAGGUGAAGGACCGCCUGAAGGCCUAUGUGCGCGACCCCUACGCUCUGGACCUCAUUGACAAGCUGCUGGUGCUGGACCCUGCACAGCGGAUUGACAGUGAUGAUGCCCUCAACCACGACUUCUUCUGGUCAGACCCCAUGCCCUCAGACCUGAAGGGCAUGCUCUCUACUCACCUGACGUCUAUGUUUGAGUACCUGGCACCACCACGACGGAAGGGCAGCCAGAUCACCCAGCAGUCUACCAACCAGAGCCGAAAUCCAGCUACUACCAACCAGACAGAAUUUGAGCGUGUCUUCUGAGGCGGACGCUAAUGUGUUUAGGUUGGUGGUGGAUUAUGACUUGCAUGGGACAUGUGACAUGAUGGGACGUUUGAGAUUUUUCUCCUCCAGUAUUUACUCCCCACCCUGGGCACUGGGAACAGCUGCCUGAGUGGGCCAGAGUGGAGCACUGACCUUGAGACCUAGAGGGCGCCAGGGCCAGCCUGCUCGCACCUCUCUGGAGGAUCUCGGCAUGGACAGGAAGUGAGGUGGGAGAGGCUUACCCACUGUGACUUUCUAAGAACUUCUUGCACGAUGGGAGGAGGACACAGGCUGCUCACCAUUCCCAGCCCUGCCUGGGGAUGAGAAAUUUGAGGGACAGAGGCACCUCAGAAAUGGGCUAGUUUUAGCACAGACCUCAGGAGCAUGGGGCUGCUGAGAACUAUUGGUUUCUUCAAAAGGAGAAUUUUAUUGUGUGUUCAGUUCAGAGACAUUCCUGGAUGCAGUUUGAUUGGUUAAAAUUAAAAGUUGAUUUUUUUUUUUCACUAA